UAUUCUUAAUUACACUUUUAAGGAAUAUGCUAAACACAAGCAUACUUUCGGUGACGUUUUAGUGUAUUUACAAAAAACACACUUAUGUUACUCUUACUUAAAAUAUAUGUUGUGUGUACUUUGUGUAAGAACAUAACAAAAUGAUUACACUUUUAGUAGGUUUUUAAUGUACUUUAUAUUGCAGUAGGCCUACACAUGGUUAUAUUUGAAAUACUAUUUAUGUAUUUAUAAUUUUAAUAUUUGGAAAAGUAUGAUAUUUUGAAAAACAUUUUUUACAUUUACAAUGUACAAACCUUUGUCAAAUAUUAUUAACCAUUGCAGUAUUUAAAAUAUGUUGUUUAAUAUGGGUUAUGCUACUUUGGUUGAUUAGGCUGUUGUUCAUUACAUGAUACAUUAAUUGUAAUAAGCUAGGUGUUUAUAAACUUGUUCAAGCUUGACGCCUUUAUUUUCUAAUAUACAUUUCUGAAAUUCCCACAAGGAUUUCAACAUCAUAUCUGAAAUGAGGAAAAAAAAAACACGUUUAUUUGUGUUUAAAUUCAAACAACACAGACUAAACCUGAUUGGUUCCAGAGCCAUUGAACGGCUCUGAUUGGUUCGUAUGAUAAUGAGCUCGCAGCAGAGAGCUUCGUAAAUCAAAUAUGAUGCGUGUGCAAAUGUCCCUUGAAUGUGAAUAUAAGUCUAAAUUUAAACAGUAUUAUAUUAUAUAGAGCGAUCGUGUCUCUUUAGGGCGCUUGGAGGAAACCACGCAAUUCAUAUGGAUUACUUUGGCGAUGUUUUUUUUGCGAUGAACUUUUUGAAACGUGAACAUCUUUGAUGAAUCUUUGGCAUAAAGCGACCAUGGCAUAAAGCGGUAUGUUCUUAUUUUUACCAGCUUCUGCGAGCGUGUAUGGCGUCUGGCUUCAGAACCUCACUGUGACUUCAGAUAAGAACAAAGAUUAAAUUGUAAGAAGGGUUGCUUAUAAAAGCAUACAGUACAUCUGAAACUGCUGAGACUGGUAAGGUUUGUGACUAUAUUUCCGACCAGGUACAUUGUUCUGUCAUUCUUAAAUAGAAAACAAAUCAUCAAUCAUCAUUUGCCUUUUUUGUGUGUGUGUGCGUGUGAGAAAUAUUAACAUUUGUUGUUUUUCAGAUCAGCUGCUAUAGAAGACAAACUGAAAUCUGAGUGCAGAGACAUGGAAAGGAAUACUGCAAGACACUACUGACUAGGCUGUGCCCAGGUCUCCGGAACCUGCGACGAUGCUCAGCUCCAUUAGCCCUCCGUCUGCGCCUUCGGAUCCACCAGCUCUGUCUCCAUCGGUCGGCCCCCAGAUGUCGGCAGCCACACCAUCUACAUCUUGGCUCCUCCCUCCCUCGACUCCGCCGUGUGUUGUCAGCACUGGGAUGCUCUGGACUUGUGCACAUACGCCAGCUAAUACAAUGGGAAGUUUGAGGUUUCCUGCAUUUCUCCAGGUGCUCUUGUACACAAUGGUUGUGCAGAUAACUGCAGAAGCGAUACAGAUGGGCAUGUUUCCUGAAGCUGCUGAUUACUCGUUCCAAAAUUGUCGGAAAGAAAUGCUGCAAAUGGUCACAAAAAGUGGAGGUCUGUUGCAGACAGAGCUUAACAACAAUCCAGAUUUUAAAACUGUGUGGAAAGGUAACGCAGCAUGCAAGAAGGACAUUCCAGGGGGUACACCGGAGCACAUGGCUGCACUGAAGAGCUAUGCGGAAGCUAGUUAUACAUUUCAUGGAAGAUUCAAGAAGUUGCUUCAGACUAGCAGGGGCAGUUCAACUUACCGAGAUGGGUUUCCUUUCAAAUCUCUUUUCUUCCUGCUGACAGAUGCUAUGCAACUCAUAGGCAAGAGUCGCACAGUGUACUCUGGUACAGAGAAGGAAUAUAGCACUGAAAUCGGGGAGAAAGUACGUUUUGAGAGUUUUCUUCCAGCACAGCGGCUCUAUAGUGCUGCAACUGAAGAUGCAAGUAUCAGUGAUAACAUUGGGACUGUUUUCAUCAUCACUUCUCAUUCUGUGAUCAGCUUUGAUGAUUAUGAGUGUAAUUCAGAGGAAAUUGAUCUGCUAAUAUCACCCACUGAAGUUUUUACAGUUACGGGCAUCAAGACUUUUCGCAAUAGUAUUGAUAAUUUCAAAGAGAUCACCUUAACACAUUCUCAUUUUCACAGUUCUUCUAACUGCAGCGGCCUUUUCAGCUUGCCUGAAGAAUCUAAAGAAUCAUCUUCAAGUUUCCUGAGUUCCAGUUUACUGAAUCUGAUGGCUUCCUUACUUAUGCUGUACUACUACACGCUGACUCUGUAGUAUACUCUAUUGAUUGCAGUGUCAUACAGCUUAUGACAGAUGACCAGCUGAAGGAAUAUCUGCCUUCCUAUGGUGACCGACUGGCUGUUCAUGGAUACUGCAGGCGAAAAGAACAAGAUCCCAGUGGCCGAAAAGCUAAACUUUUUGAUCGGCUGAGAACCAGGCUAGCAAGAAGCAAAGGUGACACUGACAAUGUAUGUGAAAAAACAAUGUCAAAAAAUGCUCAAAAGAGUAUGCGAAAAAUUGAGAUGGGAUGGAUGCAUU